CUGAAUAAGCUCACCACUGCAAUUGGUUGGUAAAUUUGCUAGACGCCGCCUUCUCCAAUUUUUCAAAACCAAUGUCCGACGAAACAGUACCCGCCGCCGGCGACUCAUCCGUCUUGGUCAACGGCCUCGUAAGCCAUGGUGACUCCAAGACUCGGCGCGUGUACGAAACAGCUCGAUCUCUGCAUUCCGGUGCUGUGAAAGAUCUUCUAUCACUCGGGGUAUGCGAGAGAUGUAUAUUCCGAUUGAUAGCCGUCGAGGCAUUCGAUUCGGAUUUGUCGUCAGUCUCGACUUCAACUCUGCACAGCUGGCUAGAAUCUGGUGAUGAUGAAACUGGUUCAUCAGAAUCUAAUUGCUCCAGAAUCUGCAUUGUUUGUUUAGGUAUAUUGCAAUUCGUUUUUUCCGAUGCUGCUGAAAAAAAGCUGGUGAAAUCGGAUACUAGUAGUGAUUACGUUGCUAGGGUAACGGACUUGGUGAAGCAGGAUCUUCAUGAUUUCGAUAGCUUUGGUCUUGAAGUCUCUGUGCCAUCAACUAUCAUGGACAAUGAACGUGCAGUCUUGUCAUACCUUAAAGAAAAGUAUAGCACUGAAGGUUGGCUGCAGCGUGACAAAAUAUCUGUUAAGGAUGCUUUGAAAGUUCUAAUCUUGGAUCCACUUAAAGCUUCUUUGGGCGCUCAAUCAGAUUCAAGCUCUUUUCACAUCCGUUUGACAUACUCUGAAGCAUCAGAUGAGGCUCUGGGUGUUUCUAAAACAACGCAUGAAAGUAAGAGGAGGAAAACAGACGCAGAGAAUGGAUCAAACUGUACUUCCGAGAAUUCGUUUGAAAAGGUGUAUGAACCAUGCAUCUUUUCAGUUCACUGCAACAAGAUGCCUAUCUUUUUUAGUGGUAGAUACUUUAAAUACUCCAGAAAUGUUAGUCAAUCACGAUGGAUUAUUGAUGAUGAAAGAAUGGGCGAAGCGUCUGUUGAGGAGAUACUUGGUGGAAACAUUCUUCCAGCAUGCCUUGGGGAUUCCUACAAGUUCCAUGCUGCUGGCAGAGAAGAUAUUGAUGUACGGAUGUUAGGUUCAGGUAGACCUUUCUUAAUCGAGGUUCAGAAUUCCCGCCAGUGCCCAUCUGAACAAUCAUUGAAGGAAGUUGAAGAAAAGAUAAACAACUCAGAAAAAAAAUUAGUCGGAGUAAAAGACCUUAAAUGUAUCGGAAGUCAGUGUUGGGCAAUGAUGCGUGAAGGAGAAGCAGAGAAGCAGAAGCAGUAUGUUGCACUUGUAUGGAUUGCUCGGCCACUUGAAGAGAAAGACUUCAACUCAAUCUCUUCCCUGAAAGAAUUGAAAAUCUUGCAGAAGACACCAGUAAGAGUGCUUCAUCGACGGAGUCCAUUGGACCGUGAAAAGAUUAUACAUUGGAUGAAUGUCGAAAAGAUAAAAGGACACUCCCACUACUUUCUAUUGCAUCUAUGCACUCAGGCUGGAACAUACAUCAAAGAAUUUGUUCAUGGAGAUCUUGGUCGUACCACUCCCAGCAUGGGAUCAAUUUUAGGUUGCAGGGCUGAGAUAAUACAACUAGAUGUGACUGAUGUGAAAAUGGGAGAUUAAUAAAUGAUGUGCUAAAGUUAAAGUCGCUCUUAUUUUUUUUUAUUUUGUGUUUCUAUGGGAAUUCAAAAUUUUCAUAAAUUUUUGUUGUAUUUUUAAAGAAAUAUAAAAUUGUAACGUUGAAUCAGUGAUCGGUUAAAAUGUAAAAUACUCUUUCCUCCUAAAUCUUUUCUUAAUAUUAUAAAUGAUGAUCGUA